AUGGCCGGAGAAACGGAGGAGGCGCCCGGAGAGCCUCUGACAGGACCGGGUCGCAAGGAGACGCCUGGCGGGAAGCUGAGCGCCGAGAGCCGGGGUGCGGGCACCGGAGCACCGGCUCUCCGCACUAACUCUCCUCCGCUUGUCAGCCGGGGCCCCUGCCUCGGAGCCCGGCAACUCUCGGCCGUCGCCCGCGCAGCCCCGAGGGCCCCUCGCCUCGCCUCACCUGCACGUGCCGCGCCCCGCGCGCCCCGUCUGGCCGCAGCAAUGAGCGAGCUUAACACCAAAACAUCCCCAGCAACCAACCAGGCACCUGGCCCGGAGGAGAAGGGGAAAGCUGGCAAUGCCAAGAAGGCUGAGGAGGAGGAGGAGAUUGACAUUGAUCUGACGGCUCCGGAAACAGAGAAGGCUGCUCUUGCUAUUCAGGGCAAGUUCCGGCGAUUCCAGAAAAGGAAAAAGGAUCCCAGCUCCUGAAUAAUCAGCCUUGCCCUUCACCCUGCUCCCUUUCUCCCCUUCUCCACAGCUCUGACUCCCAUGUUUCUUUGUCUCUUUGUCCCUCUAGACUCUUGAUGAGGCAAGUUCAACCCUUAUAUAUUAUUUUCUCUGGCCCCCUCAAGCAAUCACAGCAGUAGAGGCACAAGGAACAUGGGGAAGGUGAAGAAUUCAAUUGGCAGCCACUUGCCUAAGGGUGGACCAGUUUCUCCUUGGGUUAAGGCUCCUUGAUCGGUACCUAUGCCUGCCCUAUGAGGCUGAAGAGCAAGAGGCUUUGAGGUUGAGAGAGGGACCCCUGACAAUGUGGGGGGAGGGGAAAGCCUUCAGAGCAGGGCACCCAAGGGUGGGGCAUAUGCACUAUUCUGCUGGUUACAACAUUCACACUUCAGGUCACAUUUUUCCCCCUUCAUAUCCUUCUGCACCACCACCUCCAAUUUCCCUCCUAUGAGCUAAGCCAGUGGGGACUGGAGUCUCCCUUUUCCCUAGGCAGACCUAAAUCGAGCAGCUUCCACAUUAGUGCAUGCUGAGUAGAUUAGUUCCAAGGAAGGGAGAUUGGGACGAGUAGAGGCAAGAAGUUUCCUUCAUCAUCUAGUCUAAGAUCGUAAGGGCCAGAGGUGGAAGAGGUUCAAGGGGCCACAGGCAGGAAAUGGAGCUAGAGUAGAUUUGAGAAGGAAAGA